UUUCACUAAAAAAAAAAGGUUUAUUUUGGGAAAGGGGGAACUUAUGCUAAAUAUAGGUUACUAUAUAUAAUUGUAUAGUGAAAAUAAAAUGUUAAAUUAUCGUGUUAUAUAUAGGCAUAUGUAACGAAAGGAUGAAAUAAUAGGCCUACUUGCGAUUGUGACACCAAGUUUAGAGACAUCCAAUCAUUUACAUUAGUUUUCUAGUAUGACUGUAAGCAUAUUUCUCGUAGUCAUCCAUAGUAGUAUCACCGUAUACCGUACUUGCGAAAAUGUAAAAAUGAAAGAAUGCUGCAAUGGCAUAAUAAAAUGAGGUUUAUUUACAUGAUAUCAAUCCAAUUUGCAUGAUUAUGUAAAUAAAUAAUAAUAAUAAUAUAAAAAAAUAAUAAAUUCUUACUUCACUUAAAAUACUUUCACAUCACACUAAGUUCAUUGUUUGACUUCACAUAAGAUUAAUAACUUCAGUUUAUAAACUUCAACAAAUAAUUUCAAUUCAAACUAGGUACUUCUCUCCAAUACACAUUUGCAAUGACUAACUUCUUUCAACAACAUACUUGUAAAACUAACAUUCUCAAGCCUCAUAUUGUAGACUGAAGACUGUCAAUCUUACUUCAGGUCAUACCAACUUCUUUCAACAACAUACUUGUAAAACUAACAUUCUCAAGCCUCAUAUUGUAGACUGAAGACUGUCGAUCUUACUUCAGGUCAUACCUAAAUCAUGAUUUAUUAAAGUACAAUAAGGUCCUAUAUGUUAACUAUUUUCACUGUGACAAUGUAAACUCUAUUUUACAGCAAAUACUGAUUAUAUUAGCAAAAAAAAAGGGCAGCAAAGAUUACGAUUACUGACAAAACUGUCCUCGUUCAAUGUUAACGAAAAGGCCUUGGCUAUGUUUUACACGCUCACAUCUGCAAUAUUUUAAGCUUUAAUAUCGGCCCCUGAAGUCGCCCACCGACAGUCUUCACCAGGAUUCGAACACUGGACUUCAGUUCCAAGUGCUUUACCCCUCAGCCUUCUCCAUAUAUUCAUUUAGUGUACACUUCAAUUUUUAAAAAUAAUAAUUAUUAACAUACAUUCAAAAUGAAUAACAUGUUACCUGUUAUGACAUGAUUAGGAAUUAGUUAUUUGUUUCGGGAAUAGGGUAAAGUUUUACUUAGCGACGAUGACGUAAAGUUGGUUAAAAAACAAGAACGCUCUAAGUGACGCUAAAAAGGAAGACGCUUCUUGUAGAGUAGUAGACUUGAGUACGACAUAACUGACAUCGGACGAUUCCCUUCUUGAGUAUUAAACAUAUUUGUAGAACAACAUAUCAGCAUCAACUACAUAUUUGAUUGUUUCGGCCUUUCGCCGGUGUUACUGAAGUAGUUGAGUUCAGCGUUACUUCCAGUCAGAUCUACACUAGACAGAUUGCCAAGAAUUAACACCGCGCGAAGCCUUAACAACGUGGCGACCCCAGACUCGGAGGUCACUGGCAGCAACAUCAAGAAGAAUAGAAGCCCUCUGUUAGGAGGAGGCAGAAGUUAACGUCAUCGGCCUAGUCUGCAGCUAGACCCUGAUUGUACAGCCACGUCGGCGAAGGAAAGCCAGUGAGAUCCUGGACUCGUAGACCUAGGAGGUAACGAAAUAUAGAUCUAGAUCUACAUUUGUAAGUUGGAAACGCCCAUACGUUGGGGCAUCGUAUUGAAGCCUGUAGUUCGGGUUCGAGGAGGCUACAGUUGCUGAAGGGAAGAAAACCGUCCUGUCGAAGCCGUACUGAAGAGAUAUCGCCUGCCCGGCAUCUUGAGAAGGCCAAGAUCGACCGUUGAGGUCACGCCAAAGAACUUUUGACGUAGGAGCCAUCUUACUGCCUACGGCACUUACGUAGAGUAGUGCUAAUUUGAUCUACGGCUCGGCUGAAUCUGUGCUACACGUUAGAUAGCUAGUUAGCCGGUAUUCUAGCACUGGACUUUGACUUUGUCGCUGUGUCAACUGUUGGACCGUUCCAGUUUCACUUUGGACAGACGACCACCUGGAACCACCGUACCUGCGUCGGAACCAGCAACCGGAACCAGACUCUACGUCACCGACGAACCGGAGCUAGACGACAGAUCAACGUGAACCAGAACCAGACGCCGUACCACCGAAGAACCGGAGCCGUUGCAGACCAGUACCGAAGGACCUUGGAGAGCCGAAACGUUCGCUGUCCUUAUCUCACCGCUAGGGAAGACAUCGCCGUGAGCCUUGCCGCCGGGACAGACAUAAGCGUAGGAAGAGUGGACCCGAGACUGACUGCGAAGUUAUCGCCGCUUCUUAGACAGAUAAGUCAAGUGUUAUUUAAUUACUUUCUCCUUAGAAUAAUUAGAGUCUGUAGGGAAGUGACCACUAGCUAGAUUAUCACUACCAGGUUAAAUCGUGGUGGAUUGGGGAUAUCCUUAAAAUUAGGUGUAAUCUAGCAAGAGGUCCAUAUAUACGUUUAGCUGUUAAUUCGUCCUGUAUGUGAAUGUGGAUCAUUUAGUUUUUUUUUUUGUAGUGACGUCAUGUAUUAAUUGUUUGCAAUACUCCCGUCUUAAAUCUUACUGUCAGACGAAAGUCUCAUUCAUUAGAACUAGAUCUAUAGUUUGGUGUUUAUCGUAUUUAGGUUUAAUUUCAUAGUUUAUUUGUAUGAGUAAGUUAUAUACACUCCUGGCUGUGAAAGCAGGUAAGAAGUAACUACGAUCUAGCGUAAUCUAGACUAGAUCUGAGGGACAAUCGAGGUGAAGCCUGAUUGCCCAUUUGUAAUUUUAGUAUUUGUAAAUAGACAGGUUGGUCUAUUUACCGGCGACUCGUGUUGAGUAACACGUAGUCGGUAGAGUGUGCGUGUGUCGCACAUCGUAUUCAGUCGGGUCAGAGUGUAGCCUACACACUGGUACCAAGGAUACUAAGUGUAUCUUGGAAAGUACAGAAGUUAGUAUAAGUCGGAGUUGGUAGUCUAGACGCCGAGGGUAGAGUGACGAAUUUAAUUCAUUUGAAUCAAGAGAUAUUAGGAAGCCGCGGAGCUAGGUUACGCUCAAAAGGUAAUAUGGCAACUACUUCAGGUUACGAUCUGGAAGAAUUUAGAAAAAAGCUAAUUCAUGAAGCUAAGACAGAACUAGAACUGCGCGGCAAAGAACUAACUGCCUAUGUACAGCAGAUGGUGGCGGCAGAAGCAGAGCGCUUGGAGAUAGAGAAAGCUAGAGGCAGAGAAAAGGAAAAGGAAGAAGCAGAUCGCAUAGAACGGGAAAAGGUUAGAGACUCAGAAAAGUUGGAGAGGGAAAAGGUUAGAGAGGCGGAACGAGUAGAGAGGGAGAAAAAAGAAGAGGCGGACAGAAAAGUGAGAAUUCAAGUCGAACAGAUGAGGAUAGAGGCUGGUGUAAGUGUGCCCACCGAAGGGAACAGCAACAAUAGCGCCAACAUAGAAAGUCAUAGUAGCGUCGCGUGGAUGAAAAAGAAAAUCCAACCGUUUGCGGAAGACAAGGACGACAUCGGCGACUAUCUGAAAAGCUUUGAAAUCAAGCUGGCGAAGUUUAAUGUCCAGUAGAAGGAGUGGUCCGAAAUCUUGUUGGAUUUCGUACUUGGGAAAGUGUGACGAUACGAAACUUGCAUACAUAAGUUCAUUUUAGUUUUUCCCAGCAAACCGUGAGAAACUUUAAUUUUUAACAUAAAACAAUUAUUUUCUUGUCCACCCAUAACUAAUUUCUUGUAGAAUUUAUCCCCCCUCGCACGUUUCUCACGGGACGAAUCUCGACGCAAAACAUUAACUAGCCUCUCGAGGGCUAACUUUUAAUUAUUGACCGCUGGACAGCGCUGCACCCGCGCUACACGCCGCGGCCUAAUAACUUUUCACACCUAACCCCACCCCUUCCCCCCGCAGGAUACACAUCGCUCUAAGAAUAGCAUUGCACUCGGGCUGGACAGAUACAUAUUCGCUUAAGACUUUACUCUCACGGUAGGCAACGAAUAUUGACCAUAAAUCCGACCUGACGCCUGACAUCUCCGGUACAUCGAUACAUGUGAGAAAAUCAGCUAGAUUUCUUCCCCACCCGUUAAAUGAAAAGUCCCAACUAUAUAUAGAGAGAGACCAAAGCAUUCCAAGUUAGGCCCGCUAGGAUUCAUACAGUCUCCUCUGUUAGGAAGUUUAGUUGUGAGGAUUCAUUAGGGACAAACGGCCUGGUUGCUACCCCUGGUUGCUACCCCGAUUGCUACCCCUGGUUGCUACACACGAUUGCUACCCCUGAUUGCUACCCCCGGUUGCUACACCCGACUGCUAUAACUACCAGAUCUCCAUAGAAAGCUGUAACCGGAGCAGACCACACCAGAUACCCCCCCCCCCCACCAAUUACAUACCUGUUAGCAAGAAGGCAUUGCUUACUGUCCUUGGCCCUAUCAUAUUGCCAGUGUUCACAGUGCCCUAUACUGCCCAGUAUCAUCUGCCCAGUGCCCGGCCCAAACUGUCCACUGCCCAAUAGCUAUUGCCUAAUGCCGACAGAUCAGAGCAACCUUCGCAACAGAAGAUAAACUGGUGUUGAAUUAGCACGGCUCUCUACGAGCUAGAGAUCACAGCUGAGAGAUUGUCCAACUGAGACUACAGCACCAACCCUCUCUACUGCUAAACAGGCAGCGGCCUCACCCUAGAGCCAGCUUGUCUACAGCAUAGAGAAUAUCCCGAGCCGACGUCCUAAGACAGAGCCGGAUGACUUAUCCUUCUGAGUGCCAGUCCUACGACCGCCAGAAGACGACCCAAGGGCUAGCAGCUAAGAAAAUAAGUAGCAGACAUAGGAACAUUCUUCUCCUCCACUCACUCAAUAAUUAGCAAUCCAUGAUGAGCAGUUAUAUUAGAUAUUAGCACCUUCAUUUCAUUUCUUAAUUAUAAUUUUAUUUGAUCACUUUCCUUUGUAAACUUUCAUUCAUUAAAUUAUUUUUAAUUAUGAACUUAUAAUAUUGGUCUGUUCUUACUGUUAGUUGCGGUGUGCCUGUACAAAAUCUUAUAUGUGAGCGGGAUAAAAUUAAUCAAAUUUCCCCUAGACCUAAACAAACAAGCCAAAUAUUAACUAAUUAACAUCUCGUCACAGAAAGCCCUCACGAUUUGCCAAAACCAUGACCACUCGAUGCAAAACAGCUAUCAGGUGCUAAAGAAGGAACUGCUAAACGCAUACGGGCACAACGCGGCAACAUUCCGAAAGAAAUAUUACGAAAACACUCCAUCCAGCCAAGUUGAUCCGCAGACAACCAUCAACUCAGAGAAGGACUUCUUCACUAAAUGGCUCGGAUUCGAGAAUGUAGAGAACACCUACAAGGGGUUGAAGAAUUUCAUUCUGAUUGAUAACUUUAUCAAUAAGUGCGACCCUCAGCUACAGUCCUUUGUAAAGGAAAGAAACCCUAAGGUAAUUGAAGACUUGGUAGAAAUUAUUAGGACCUUUAAAAACGCAUAUCCAAACAACCCACUUUCAGUUAGAGACCACAAAAAAGUUAUUGACCUGGUAAAUUAUGUAAAGAGAAAUGAUGGUAAUGAUAGGGAUUAUGGUAGGAGAAACGAUAGGUCCAGGGAACGUGGGAACAAUGGUCGGGAUAGUUAUGAUGGCAUAAAGGAUAGAUCCUGGGAAAAUGAAAACAAUGGCAGGGAAAGUUAUGAUAGGAGAAUAGAUAGACCUAAAGCGGGUGAUAGAAACCUUAGGGAUGUUACAUGUUUUAACUGUCAGGAAAAGGGACACAUGGCAUACCAGUGUAGGAAACAUAGAGGGAAUGGAGCUGGCAAUGGGAAUGCACAGGAUAAUAGUGGCACUAGUGAUAGGAGAGGUAAUCAAGGAAACCGUAGACAAGAGAGGGAUAAUCGGCCACCAGAUAGGGUUAAUUUUGUAAGGAGCAUCCAAGACAGGGAUCGUGAUAGCGGACAUAGUGAACCAGAUGAAGAAAUUAAUUACGUUGAUUGUGGGGAAGAUAGAUUUAAACUAUAUCCAGGCAUGAUAAAUAAUAAACAGGUAAAUGUGAUCCGGGACACAGCUAGCAGUACACUCGCAGUUCGAGGAGGAUUAGUUAAAUCUAAGGAGAAUUUAGGCUAUACCAAAUCAGUCAGAUUGGCAGACGGCGCAGUUAAGAGGUUCGAAGCGUGCAAAGUGUUCCUUCGAUCUCCAUUGUACACAGGGUAUUGCGAAGGGGUAGUCAUGCCGAGGUUAUCUAGAGAUGUUUUACUUGGAAAUGUAGCAGGUGUCAGAGCCGCUACUGACAAACAGGUUAGAAGUUGGAAAAGCAGGUAUGGCAACAUGAGACGAAACAAACCUAGAAAGGACAGAAUUUGUUUUAACUGCCAUAAACAUGGGCACAUCGCUAGAGACUGUUGGAGUAGGGCAGAACAGUCUGAACAGAAGAUUGCGAGUUCGGAUAGGAGGCAUAGGUCUGAAUCCGAUAGUGAUGAUAGAAGAGAUGACUGUGGUAGCGGAAAUCGCAGGUCAUACAGAGGUAGAAGGUCACAAGCGGGCUAUUGUGGUGUAAGAAGAGAUGUUAACUCCAGUUGGAGAGAACAAAUGUAUGAGUCGUGUAGAUAGCCUGUGAAACAUAGCAUUAUGCGAUCGUAGUAUGUAAAUAAGUUGGAUUUUAUUUAAAUUGUUUAUUCUUAAUUAAUUGACUUAACUAGUAGUCAUAACUAGAUGGGUAUUACGUUGUUUUACAGUAUCUGGAAAUAGUAGAUUUAUGUUAUAAUAUACAUGUAAUUUGAUUAUCAUUAGAUUGACUCAUGUUAAUUAUUUAUUUCGGGUAGUAUGUAUGAAUUGUAUGUAUGUUUGUAGGAAUAGAAAGGGCAUUUAUAAGGCGACGAUGUAGUUACAUCACGAAAAAGUGAGUUUUAUAAUUUAUUCUUUGUAUUUGAUCAUGAUCAUACAUCAGUAAAGAGUUAGGUCGUGUGGGGACAAGUAAGUGGAGAGAGUAAAUAAAAUACACUUGUAAAUGCCCGAAAGAACGUUAGGUGUAUAGUGGGAGAAUGAGUAUUGAUAAAUGUCGAUUUGUCAUAUUAGGUAAAUUGUCUGUCCUGACGUGUGAGGGAAAGCGAUAUAACCUCUGGAACGUGAUGUGAUGAAGUAUAGAUAGACACACCUAGAGUGUCAGAGCAAACGAACUAUUGUCUGCGGUCACCUAUGGCACAUCACAUUGGACAGUAUCAGUUAGUGACACGUGAGGGAAAUAUGUAUUCAGAGGAACUUGAUUGUGGACACAGGAAGAGAAGUUGAAACCGCAAUCAAGACUCAAGUUGUGUUGUCUUUUAUGUUUCCCUACAUUUUGGCCCUUGCACAUUGUAAGACUAGAACAGUAGAUUAAAAAAUUGACAGGCAAUUUUUUUAGCGGGAGGGGGAGGAGUUGUUAUGACAUGAUUAGGAAUUAGUUAUUUGUUUCGGGAAUAGGGUAAAGUUUUACUUAGCGACGAUGACGUAAAGUUGGUUAAAAAACAAGAACGCUCUAAGUGACGCUAAAAAAGAAGACGCUUCUUGUAGAGUAGUCGACUUGAGUACGACAUAACUGACAUCGGACGAUUCCCUUCUUGAGUAUUAAACAUAUUUGUAGAACAA